UCUGAGGGCCGCUAUUGACACGUCAUUGAAUAAGAGAGACAAUAUUCAGUGCUGUGGUCCUAUUGGUCUCCUUUUAGAGCUUCACUGCUUGAAGACGACGGUCUGCUCGCCAUUUGAAGAGAAAUCUUUCUUGUGGAUCCUCUUGUUUAUUUCCUUGUUUUUGUUUGAGAAGUGUUUGUGUUCACCCUGAAGGAUUAUUACCACCGUUUUUUUUUUAUCUUGAGGAUGGAUUGUACGUGGAUAAACGCAGUCAGAGGCCGAUGGCGCGCACUGUUUGUCAUUCUUUGUCUCUGCGAGCUGAGCUCAGUGAGUGGACAGGCUCGCUAUUCCAUACCGGAGGAGCAGGCAGAAGGCUCUUUUGUUGGAAACAUUGCCAGAGAUUUGGGCUUGGAUGUGGCCAGACUAGUAGCAGGUAAAGCUCGUAUUAUUGCAAAAGGAGGCCGGCAGUAUGUUGAUUUAAAGCGAGACAAAGGCACACUUGUUAUUAAAGAGCGCAUCGACCGAGAAGAGCUUUGUGGAAAGACGACGCCCUGCAGCUUCACUUUUGACAUCAUUUUAGAAAAUCCAAUCCAGCUUUAUCGAGUAACAGUGGAAGUUAUAGAUAUUAAUGAUAAUAGUCCCUCUUUCCCUCAGCAUGAAAUUAAUUUAAAAAUUACAGAACAUGCUGCAGUGGGCACCCGAUUCUCUCUUGCUAAUGCAGACGACCCUGAUGUUGGUAUUAAUGAUAUUCAGAAAUACGCACUAAAACCUUCAGAUAAUUUUAAAUUAGAAAUACAAAACCAGCAAAACAGAAGAAGGGUUAUAGAAAUAGUAUUACAGAAACCAUUAGACAGAGAGGAAGAGGAGACUCACACUCUCAUGUUGAUUGCUUCAGAUGGAGGUGAGCCACAUAGAUCAGGGACGGUGAGAAUUCAAAUCACUGUGCUGGAUGCCAACGAUAACGCACCUGUGUGUAGCCAGCCUGUUUAUAAGGUAGAUGUUCCAGAAAAUUCACCUGAAGGAACCUUAAUUACUACUGUUAGUGCAAGUGACGCUGAUGCAGGCCUCAAUGGUGACGUCACUUACUCAACUCGUGCCAACAGAGAGGCGGAGCAGAUAUUUCAUGUAAAUGUUAAAACAGGAGAAAUUAAACUUACUGGCAAUUUAGAUUUUGAGAAAUCUAAGAUUUAUGAGUUAAAUGUCCAAGCUAGUGAUCAUGAAGGCUAUGCAGACACAUGUAAAGUUAUUGUUAACAUAAUUGAUGAGAAUGACAAUGUCCCUACAAUAGAACUUAUGUCAUUUUCUCAGUCCAUACCUGAGGAUUCUCCCCCAGGUACAACUGUAGCUGUUUUUAACACGAAUGAUGAAGACUCUGAUAGCAACGGUGUUGUCAAGUGCUCCAUUAAUUCUGACGUGCCUUUCAAAAUUGAGUCUUCAUCAUCAGGUUAUUACACCAUUGUGACAGACAACUUUUUAGACAGGGAAAGUGUUUCUGAAUAUAAUGUUACCAUAACAGUGUCUGACCAAGGCUCUCCUCCUCUGUCUAGUAGUAAAACCAUCAACGUUAAAAUAUCUGACGUGAAUGACAGCCCGCCCAAAUUCCAUCAGUCAGAAUACAGUAAGAAUGUACCAGAGAACAACUCUCCUGGUUUUUCUGUGUUUACUGUCAGUGCUAGUGAUGCAGACUGGGGCCAGAACGCUCGAGUGUCUUACUUCCUGGAGGAGAAAGAAGUUAAUGGAGUAGCUGUGUCUUCUUUUGUCUCAGUCAACUCAGAGAACGGUGUCAUCCACGCAGUCCGAUCUUUUGAUUACGAACAAAUUAAAUCAUUUGACUUUAAUGUUACGGCCCGCGAUGCUGGAUCCCCUCCUUUAAGUUCUGUAGCCACAGUUCAUAUACUGAUCCAGGACCAGAACGACAACGCCCCCCAGGUCCUGUACCCGGUCCAGACGGGCGGCUCGGUGCUGGCUGAAAUGGUGCCUCGUUCAGCAGAUGUGGGCUACCUGGUGACUAAAGUGGUGGCUGUUGAUGUGGACUCUGGACAGAACGCCUGGCUCUCCUAUAAAGUGCACAAAGCCACAGACAGGGCGCUGUUUGAAGUGGGCCUACACAAUGGAGAAAUAAGAACUGUCCGCCAAGUCACUGAUAAAGAUGCUGUCAAACAAAGACUGAGUGUUCUAGUGGAGGACAACGGGCAGCCCUCUCGUUCAGCUACAGUCAUUGUUAACGUGGCGGUGGCGGACAGCUUCCCUGAAGUGCUGUCAGAGUUCACUGACUUUAGCAUGCACGACAAGGAGUACAAUGACAAGCUGACUUUUUACUUAGUCUUGGCUUUGGCUGUAGUCUCCUUCCUCUUCAUCACCUGCUUGCUGCUCAUCAUAUCAGUCAAAGUGUACAGGUGGAGACAGUCUCGCGUCCUCUACCACUCCAACCUCCCUGUCAUUCCAUAUUAUCCACCACGUUACUCAGACACUUUGGGGACAGGGACUCUCCAACACGUGUACAAUUACGAGGUGUGCAGGACCACCGACUCCAGGAAAGGUGACAUGAAGAAUAUGCAAGCCAUGAGUCAAAGUUUAGUGAGUGUGGAUGGAGCUGAUGCUGAUACACCACAUGUGACCAAGCAGAUGUCAGGAAACUUUUCACAGAUGUCAACUUUGUUUACCAUUGUUGUCUGGUGA